AUCCAGACCUGCAGCUCCUCCAGGAUCCAGACCUGCAGCUCCUCCAGGAUCCAGACCUGCAGCUCCUCCAGGAUCCAGACCUGCAGCUCCUCCAGGAUCCAGACCUGCAGCCCCUCCAGGAUCCAGACCUGCAGCCCCUCCAGGAUCCAGACCUGCAGCUCCUCCAGGAUCCAGACCUGCAGCUCCUCCAGGAUCCAGACCUGCAGCCCCUCCAGGAUCCAGACCUGCAGCCCCUCCAGGAUCCAGACCUGCAGCUCCUCAUGGCGGUGUAUGAUGAGAACAUCCUGAAGAACGUCUUCUUCCUGGCGCUGGAGAAGCAGAGACCGGACCUCUGCAGCCGAGUGGCGGAGCUCCACGGCAUCGUUCUGGUGCCGUGUUGUGGGAGUUUGACCGUCAGCGGCUACUCGGACUCUCAGUUCGACAGCUACGUCCUCCAGCCGGCGGAGGACGGCUACCAGACUGUGGACGGAAAGGAGGUCCGGAUCCAGGACAGGCAGGUCCUGCUGGGGUCCGGCUUCCCGUCUCCGUCCUCGGUGCCCAUCCUGUUCGAGGAGACCUUCUACAACGACCGGGAGCAGAGCUACAGCAUCCUGUGCAUCUCGCGGCCCGUGGAGGAGGAGGAGCCGAGCCCGGCCGCCGCCGGCCCGCCGCCGCCCCCCCACCGCCUGAGGAGCCUGGAGGACGUCCGGGGCUUCCUGGGGCGCCACGGACAGAAGCUGGACAAGUUCAUCCUGGGCUUCGGCCAGGCCUUCAGGGAGCAGGAGAGGAAGGGGCUCCGGCACCACAUCGACUCGGUGAACGGUCUUUACACUAAAUGUCUUCAGUGUCUGCUGAGAGACUCCCGUCUGAAGCUUCUGGCGAAGCAGGAGCUCCAGAUGACUCUCCUCAAGCAGGCGGUGGAGAUGUAUGUUCAUCAUGGCAUCCAUGAUUUAAUUUUUAACUUUGUGGGAACGCUUGAAGCCAGCCAGGACGCCGCCUUCAACAAAACCACCAGGAGCCUGCAGGAGCUGCAGCAGAGCGAGCUGGGAGUGAAGCCGGAGUUCAGUUUAAACUUGUCCCGGGCGAAGAGAGAGCUGAGUCAGCUCAACCUGCAGACCUCCCCCCUCCUCAAACUGCUCUGCCUGCGUAGAGUCGCCCUGACCGCCACCCAGACGCCGCGGGGCGCCGUCAACAUCGAGGCCGUGUGUGCAGACGACCUGCUCUCCGUGGUCCUCUACCUGCUGGUGAAGACGGAGAUCCCCAACUGGAUGGCCAACCUGAGCUACAUCCGUAACUUCUGCUUCAGCCACUCCGGCAAAGACGAGCUGAGCUACUGUCUGAGCACCUUCGAGGCCGCGGUGGCCUACAUCAAGCUGGGGAAGCUGCAGGAGACCCGCUCGGGCUCCGGGGAGCUGAGCGACAAGGCGCUGUUCAAGGAGAGGAUGAGUCUGCUGCCUCAGAGCGCGGCCACGCCCAUCCACCUUCUGUUUGAGCACAUUGCCAAUGGAAACGAGGUGGAGGUGCAGCGCCUGCUGAGUGAAGGAGAGAACGAGGACGUCAGGAUGUGUCAUCCCCUCUGCUCGUGUGACCUCUGUGACCUCACGCUGUCUGGGCGCUUGAACGACCCGUCCGUCGUCACGCCGUUCUCCAGAGACGACCGCGGCUACACGCCGCUACACGCCGCUGCCAUCUGCGGUCAGGCCAAGCUGAUCGACCUGCUGGUGAGCAAAGGAGCGCCGGUCAACGCCACCGACUACCACGCCCUCACGCCGCUGCACCUGGCCUGCCAGAGGGGAUACCAGGGAGUCACGCUGCUGCUGCUGCACUACAAGGCCGACCCGGACGCCCAGGACAACAACGGCAACGCGGCGCUGCACCUGGCGUGCAUGUACGGGCACGAGGACUGCGUGAAGGCCUUGGUGUACUACGACGCGCGGACGUGCCGCCUGGACCUGCAGAACGACAAGGGUGACGCGGCGCUGCACGUGGCGGCGCGCUGGGGCUACGAGGGCGUCAUCCAGGUGCUGCUGGAGAACGGGGCGAGCACCGGCGUCCUCAACAGGAGCAAGGACUCGCCGCUGCGGUGCGCGCUCAACUCCAAGAUCCUCGUGUUGUUGCAGUCGACGCAGAACGGACGCCAGCGCAGCGGAGUAGAAUCUCCCAGUCGAUCCCCUCUGGCUUCAGACUGCAGCAGCCGUCGCUCCUCCGUCUCCAGCACCUCGUCCGUGGGCUCUGAGGUCAAACCGGAGGUAGAACGCGUCCGACGCAGAGAGGUGGAGAAGCUGCUGCGUGCCGUGGCCGACGGCGACGUGGAGAUGGUGCGUUACCUGUUGGAGUGGAUGGAUGAGGAAGAGGAGGAGGAAGAGGAAGAAGAGGCGGAGGAGGAUGACGAGCAGGAAAGGCUUCUUCGGCCUGAGGCUCCGCUGUGCCACCCGCUGUGCCAGUGUCCGGCCUGCGCUCCCAGUCAGAAGCUGUCCGUCCUACAGGCCGGGGCCCUCAGCGUGAACAGCUGCAACGCCGGCGGUUUCACGCCGCUGCACGUCGCCGCCCUGCACGGCCGCUCCGCGCUCGCCGCCCUGCUGAUCCGCCACGGCGCCAACGCCAACGCCCGCACCGACCAGAGCGCCACCCCGCUCCACCUGGCCAGCCAGAACAGCCACGUCCAGGUGGUAAGAUUUCUGCUCGAGUGCAACGCCAAACUGAACAAGAAGGAUCACUAUGGCAACACACCUCUAAUACAGGCCUGUCUCUGUGGGAACCUGGAGACGGCCACGACGUUGUUACAGAGCGGUGCGCUGCUGAACGUGGUGAACCUUCAGGGGAACACGGCGCUCCACGAGUCGGUGCGCGGCGGACACCAGUUACUGGUGGAGCUGCUGCUGAGGGGCGGAGCCUCGGCCGGCAUCAGGAACAAGAGGCAGAGGACGCCGCUAGACUGCGCCUACGAGCUGGGUGGCAAGAACACAGAGAUCCUGAGAGCUCUGCAGAAAGCGUCCGGACUUUCUCCCGACGCCGAACCAAUCAAACUCCUGUCUGUGCCCAAAGGAGCUCUGGCUCAUUCGUUCGUGCAGCACCUGAAGCUGCAGGAUCACAACAGUGGCAGGAGGCAGAAGCUGGCCCAGUCCAUCAGCAGGGUUCAGCAGAUGAAGAAAGGUUCCUCUGCUCCGCCCUCCAGGUGUUCAACCAACCUGAACCAGGUGAAUCCCGACAGGAGGCGUUUGAGGCGAGGUGAGACGUUGGAGGUCAGCUGCCCCUCAGCGAGCGCCUCCCGGCUGAGGGAGCGUCCUCUGAGUCGCUGUCGCACGCUGGACUCCGGAGACGACGACGCUCGCGCUCGGACGUCCAGCGAAACGCGCUCCGGCUCGCCGCCCUCUCGAGCGCCGUCGCCCGCCGACGACCCGUCCGAACCGCGUCCCGCCGAGGCCGACGGCCCGAGUCCCGUCGCUCCGAGCGGCGAGUCGGUGUCGCCCGACGACCGGACGGAGAGCGAGGACCGGGCGGGCUCGAGUCCCGAUUGGAGAGACGCCGAACGGACGCCAGAGACGACCGGGGAGACGUCGUGAGGCGGAAAGCCGGCGGUUCGAGGCUCUGACGCUUCCUGCGUCUCUGGGAGACAGAACCACGCUUCGGUUCUCCAGGCUUACGGAACGAUACCUUUUUUUUGGGGGUGUUAUGACCCUUUAUUUUUCUUUCUAUGAAAUGAAAAGUUUGUCAACUUCCACAAAAUCCCUAAAAUACGACGGAAUCUCGGCGUCUUUGUUUUUAUUUUCUUGAAUCGCGUCACUUUUUUUUUUUUUUACUUCCUGUGAAACACAACGUCUAUUUUUAUUAUUUUAUAUAUCUGUAGAAAAAGCAAAAAAAAAUUUUGCACGUUGAACUCUCACGAUGAAUCUUUUUCCUUUUUUACCGACCGACGUCCACGACCGCCUUCGCCAAAGGAGCCUUCGGAGACGCCGGACUCCUUUUGCGAAAGCGGUCGUUUGUUGGUCGUUUUGAUGGUCGUUUGUUGGUCGUUUUUGCGAAAGCGGUCGUUCGGUGGUCGUUUUGAGGGUCGUUCGGUGGUCGUUUUGAGGGUCGUUUUGAUGGUCGUUCGGUGGUCGUUUUGAUGGUCGUUCGGUGGUCGUUUUGAGGGUCGUUCGGUGGUCGUUUUGAGGGUCGUUUGGCGAAGCCGGUCGUUUUGGCCUCACGGAACGCACCAAGCUGUCGAUUGGUUAGUUUAAACUGAACCCUUUAAAAACGCCAAAGUGACCACGAUGAGCCAAACUAACCAAUCGACCGGCGCCUCACAGGAAGUGAACAUCGACCUCCUUUAUUAAUUUAAAUUGAAUUAUGUAUGCCAUCAUUUCAUUGGGACUUCCUCCCACUCUAAGAGGUCUUUGGUCUCAAAGGGACGAGCGUAGCUUUAGUUUGUGUGAACGUCGUUGUUUUAGUUUUAGUUUUUCAAGCUCCAUUUUGAGAAAAACGUGUAGUUUUUUUACUUGAAUAAUCAACAAUGUUUUCAGUGUUAAAAGAAGAAAAGAUGGAUUUACAGUUCGGUCGUUUUCACAUCGUACUUUAUUUAAAUUUGAGUUAUUUUUGUUUUCAGGACACGCAGACUGGUUUUUAAUGUUUUUAAUGUUUUUCUUACGACCUUCAAAUCUUUGAAGGACUUGAAACUUGCUGCAGGAAGAUGAACAGUGAGUGUGUUGUUGUUGUUGUUGUUUACUUCAACAUUUAUUCUUUUAUUAAUGAGAUUUAACGUCUACUUUAGCAGCAAGUGAACAAACGUAAAUUCAUAACGGACAGAAAUUACUUGUGAUGUUUUAAAAAAUAUUUUCUGACUGUUUUUAGACAAAAGAAUGAAUCUAUUAAGACACAUUUUUAUUAUUAUUUUUAUAUAUAUUUUUUUUAAGAAUCUGGUCAAAAUUGCACUCAUCUUGAUUAAUAUUUUUUUUUUUGCCGCAUGAUAGAAAAUUGAAUAUUAAUAACUAAAGAGCAAGUUUCAUGUCUUUGCAAAGUUAACGUAUUGAAGGUGUAAAAAAACCACCAGUUUGGUCCUUUUGGACAUCGGUGAUGUCACCGUCUGUGAUGUCACCGUCUGUGAUGUCACCGACCGACGUUGCUGUUCACUCUUGUCACAUGUUCACUUAUUGUCACUUUAAACCUUUUUUGUUUCAUCUCUCCGAGUUUUUUUUGGACCGGUGCUCCAGCGAUUAAUUUAAGAAGGAAAGAUGUGAAGUCGGAAGUCUUGAUUACUUUUCUACCACCGAUUUUAUUUAUCAGGUUUUGAUGUUGUUGUUUUUUUAAAUGAUGUGAAUGUGCCUUAUUUAAUUGACACCCAAAUAACCAAUAAACUGAUUUAAGAUGAA